CGUCACAGUAGUGAUGCAUUUGAGCAUUAUUAAUCCCCUCUAAGAACAUCGCUUUGGAUUUACCGAUUCCUCUCCUCGGCUUAUUUCCCUUUCCCCAAACGUUCGUCUUUCCCCUGCAUUUUCCAAGACUCUUCCUUUUAAAGUUUACUACUGAGGGGACAAAAUACCUCUUCUAUCUCGCCUGAGUCUCUCCAAUACGCCAACUGUAUAAGUGAUUACCCAAAAUGGAAAGUGGCAUACCGACACCACCUACAGAAGAGAACAACAUGAAGAGCUCAACAACACAAGCCCCCUCACGCAGGAGUACAGCACCGGCUACGAAGUCUGUCAAGCCGAUACAUCGUGGGACAAAGCGGUCGGCUACUCAUAUGGCGCAUUCUCCUGCUCACGAUCAUCCACCGCUUUCGCCCCAUGGAAUUGACAACAGGCAUAAACGAGUAUGGAAAGCAUGUGAAAGGUGUAGAAUGAAGAAGACAAAGUGUGAUGGAGAGUUUCCUUGUAAGAGAUGCAAAGAUGAUGGACUAGUAUGCACAGCGGGUACCCGAAAGAAAACGGAAUAUAAACAACUGCCUAGAGGAUACGCCGAGGUUUUGGAAAAUACACAAUUCGCAUUAAUAGCGACAGUCCACAAACUAUAUAACAUGGUCAGGAAUGGGCAGUCGUGGGAAUUAGGGGAACCAGAGCUAAACGAUAGGGGCCAACCCAUUAUUCAUAACAUCGCGACAAAACUUGGGUGCAUAAGACCAAAUGCCGACGCCGACCUGCCUCCUCAUUCAGUAUUUCCCGAAGAUGAAGCAGGUCUAUCAAAGUUGGCAGCGGAGUUAGAGGCUCAACAACCUGACAAGGAAAAGGAGUCGCCAGAAGCUGAGAUUAAAUGCGAGACCGAGACCACUUGCGCCCAAACCGAACGAGCAAGCUCCUCAGAAAUAGAUCACUCAGAUUUCGAAUAUGACUAUCGGAAAGUGUUGGUGGCUGCUCAGCAACCAAAUCUCCAGACCAUGUCACCUCAAAGCUUCACCUCAUCAUAUAAUGAAUUCGAACCGAGUUCGAUACAUAGCGACGUCGACCCCUCGGCUGCCCUCUUCGCCGUCCAGUCUCCUACAGCACCGACGUCCUAUCCGAGUUGGCAUAUAAAUAGACCACCGUCGAUGAACGUUUCGCCACAAUACGUGGCACAGAUGGACAUGAAUAUGGCCGAGAUCAUGUUAAGUCAGGGCUUAGUCGAGUCAGAGUUUGGUACCAUCAAGCCUCACAUGAUCAAUGUACCCAACUCGGAAGUGAUGUUGGGUGUUGGUGACCCGAUGAUCGCAUAUUCCAGCUACAAUAACAUGGAUCCGCUAUAAUUUGUAUAGCCGACUAUUGCAAUG